AUGCCCCCAAAGAAGAAGGAUGAUAAGUCACAGCAGACACGUACUGUUCUUCUGGGUCGACCCGGAAGCAGCCUGAAGGUUGGCAUUGUCGGACUUCCCAAUGUUGGCAAGUCUACAUUUUUCAACGUUCUCUCUAAAAAGGGUGUUCCGGCGGAAAACCGACCGUUCUGCACAAUAGAUCCCAACACUGCCGACAUUAACAUUCCUGAUGAACGGUUUGACAAGCUAGUACAGAUCAAUAAGCCAGCAUCAAUAGUCCCUGCCCAAGUUCACAUUCGGGAUAUUGCUGGGUUGGUGCGUGGGGCCAGCAAUGGUGAGGGGCUUGGCAACGCCUUCCUGUCGCAUAUCAAUGAGUGUGAUGGAAUCAUACAUAUGAUUCGUAUCUUUGAAGAGGUGGAGAUUACUCACGUUGAGGGCGAUCUGGAUCCUGUUCGUGAUCUGGAGAUCAUAUUUUCAGAACUUGUUAUGAAGGACUUGCAGGUUGUCAAUGGGCUUAUCGAUAAGGUGACACCUAUAGUAAACCGGGGAAUUGACAAGAGCAAGAAGGCUGACUUGGAGAUUCUCCUCAAGGUGAAAGAACACCUCGAGAAGGACGAGCAGAUUCGGUGUUGCCAGUGGAACGGUAAGGAGAUUGACUAUCUCAACACUCUUCAGCUUCUAACAGCAAAACCCGCCAUUUUCUUGGCUAACAUGUCUGAGAAGGACUUCAUUCGUCAGCGCAGCAAGUGGCUUCCGAAGCUGAAGGAGUGGAUCGACCAGCACACCGGUGAGCCGCUCAUUCCGGUUUCGGCAGAGCUAGAGUCUAAUUUACUCAAUAUGUCUCCGGAGCAGGUUGAGGAGCACUGCACGGCUAACAAGACCAAGUCUCAGGUAUCCAAGAUCAUUACCACCGCGUACCACGCCAUCAAUUUGAUUCAUUUCUUCACUGCAGGAUCAGAUGAGGUUAAAUGCUGGACGAUACAACGAGGUACAAAGGCUCCUCAAGCAGCAGGAAAAAUUCACAGUGACAUGGAGAAAGGGUUUAUCUGCGCAGAGGUGAUACACUGGGAGGACUACGACAAGCUUGAAAAUGAAGCUGCAUGCCGUGAAGCUGGAAAGCAACACCAAGAGGGACGUAAUUAUGAGGUUCAAGAUGGCGACAUCAUCUUUUUCAAAUUUAACACCUCCAAGGGAGGAAAGAAGUAA